CGCCGGACAAGAAAGAGAGGCGGAAUGGAGGGCGGAGCUGAAACGCGGCGGCGGGGCUGUGUGGUUAUGGUGCCUGCCCCCUUCCAAGGGCAUGUCACCCCUAUGCUGCAACUGGGACACAUCCUUCACUCGAAGGGCUUCUCCAUCAUAGUGGCCCACACCCAAUACAAGGCGCCUGACCCUUCAAACCACCCUGACUUCUCCUUCCACGGCUUGGCAGACGGAUUGGAUGCCAGUGAUGAUAUAACUGGAAGCAGAGGAUUAGAAAUCAUGUAUGCCAUGAAUAAGAAUUGUAGGGUACCCCUCCAGGAGUACCUGGAAGAGAAGGGGGAUAUGGUUUCUUGUAUCAUCUAUGACAACAUCAUGUUCUUCGUUGACCAAGUCGCUGCUCUUCUCAAACUGCCCUCUCUCGUUUUAUGCCCCUUCAGUGCUGCUUUCUUGCAAGUUUUACUCCAUUGUCUUGAAAAUGCACACACUAUUUAUCCCCUUCCAGAGUCAAGACUUCAAGAUCCAAUUCCAGGGUCUUAUCCUAUGAGGUAUCAAGAUAUGCCAACGUAUAUGCAUUCAGAAGAAGUAAGACAUUUCAUGUGGACUUCAAACGAUAUUAGAUCUUCUGUGGCCAUAAUAUGGAACACAGUGGAGGGUCUCGAACACACAUGGUUAUCAAGGCUUCAGCAACAUUAUAAAGUGCCCAUCUUUCCAAUAGGCCCAUUUCACAAGAUUGCACCAACUAGCAAAACUAGCUUGAUAGAAGAAGAUGAGAGCUGCCUCACAUGGUUGGAUAAACAAGCUCCUCAGUCUGUCCUCUUUGUAAGCACAUCUGGGAGCUUAGUUUCCAUUAAUGAAAGCGAUAUUGAAGAGAUUGCUGGGGGUUUGGUCGAUAGCAACCAACCAUUUGUGUGGGUGGUCCGUCCCGGUUCAAUCGAAAGUGAGUUUGUAUUUGUAUAUUCCCCGGCCUCACAAAACUUGAUCAUUUUGACUUUUCUUAGGCAAUGGUAGUCAAGUUUGACCAAUGAUAUUUUUUAACACAAAAUUAUUUAAAGUAUGAAAAUUAUAUGAAAUAAAUAUAAAAAAUACCAAAAAGAUAGAGAAGACGUGUAAAUUGAAAUAUGACUCGAAUGAUGAUAGAUGCCACAAAGACUAACAUGAUUAAAAGAAUUCAUAAAAGACUAAAAUAUGAGUUUGUAUAUAUGUGACGACUUUCAUUAGGUUCCCACGGGAAAGAGCGGUUCUUUGAAGACUUUGAGAAAAGAAUCGGAAACAGAGGACUAAUAGUGAAAUGGGCACCACAGAAGAAGGUUUUGGCACAUGGUUUUGUGGGUGGAUUCUGGAGUCAUUGCGGUUGGAACUCAACGUUGGAGAGUCUCGGUGAAGGCGUUCCGAUGAUUUGUACACCCCACAUUGCUGAUCAAAUGGUUAACGCCAGGCUCUUAAUCCAAGAGUGGAAGGUCGGAUUGGGGUUGGAGAAGGUGGAAAGAGGUGUGAUUGCAGAUACUAUAAGAAGACUUAUGGUAGGAAAAGAGAGCACAGAGAUGAAGAAGAAUUCCAUGGACAUGAAACAAAAAAUUAUAGAUUGCUUUGAAAAAGAUGGUGGCAGUUCAUAUAGAGCACUUGAUGAACUAACAGACUUCAUAUCGUCACUUCUACUUCCAAAUUUCAUUAGUGAGGUGAGGGCUGGUGGUGAUAGCAAUGUUUUGAGCAACGAAAAAUGAUUUCAUCAAAAAUAACAAACUUUGUCAAUUUCAGUGUUGAUUGGUUGUAAACUCUCUAUCUUCUCUCUAGUUUUUAUUUAAAAAAAUACUCCGUAAUGGCGUAAUAUGUUAGACAUUAAUCAUGUACAUGAUAUGAAUAUAUUUUUCUUUGUAUACGAGAUUAUCAAUUCUAAUAUUCUG